ACCGUUUCUCAUAUCUUACUAAUACCCCAAAUUGUCCAAUUCUCCCUUUAAAAGAAAAAACAACAUAAAUCCGAGGACAUAAAAGUAAUACACUACCAAAGAAAAUUCCACACCAAGAAGAAUUUCAAGGAAGGAGUAGCUUAGCCAGCCGCGCGGCCGAGAAAAAAUUAUUAUGGCAAUAAUACUAGCACAACCGAGAGCAUUAACGUGCGCAGUGGGCGUAGCAGUCUUAACGUGCGCACUAACUGUUUCUCUAGUUCUCGGCCACGAUGGCAGCAGUAAUAAAAACGACGUCGUCGGCUCACAAGAAGAGCCAAUGAUUCACCAAGUCACUGACAAAUCUCAUCACGCUCACCUUCUGGGCACGGAGAGGAAGUUCAAGGUGUUCAUGGAGAAGUACGGGAAGACGUACGGUAGUAGAGAGGAGUAUAUACACCGCCUUGGAAUCUUCGCUAGGAACAUGGUCAGGGCCGCCGAGCACCAGGUCCUUGAUCCCACUGCAGUUCACGGCGUGACGCCCUUCUCCGAUCUCUCCGAGGAGGAGUUUGAGCGUUCUUUUGCUGGCCUUAGAGGUGGCCCCGGCUUCGGAAAUGGGUUGGCGGAGACUACUACGGCGACUGCACCGCCUUUGGAGGUUAAAGACUUGCCGGAGAGUUUCGAUUGGAGAGAGAAGGGAGCCGUUACUGAGGUUAAGAUGCAGGGGUCGUGUGGAUCUUGCUGGGCUUUUAGUACGACAGGGGCUGUUGAAGGAGCCAAUUUCAUUGCAACCGGGAAGCUUCUCAAUCUAAGUGAACAACAGCUAGUGGAUUGUGACCAUACGUGUGAUCCGAGUGAGAAAGAUGCAUGCGACAAUGGGUGUGGUGGAGGGCUUAUGACAAAUGCGUAUAAGUAUUUAAUAGAGGCAGGAGGAUUAGAAGAAGAGACUUCAUAUCCUUACACUGGUAAAAAAGGUGAAUGCAAAUUUGAUCCUGACAAAGUGGCUGUAAAACUUGUCAAUUUUACCACCAUUCCUAUCGAUGAGAAUCAGAUUGCUGCCAAUCUAGUCCACCAGGGUCCUCUCGCUGUGGGGUUGAAUGCAGUGUUCAUGCAAACAUAUAUAGGGGGAGUGUCGUGUCCGCUAAUAUGUGGAAAGAGAUGGAUAAACCACGGGGUUUUGAUGGUGGGAUACGGCUCCAAGGGCUACUCCAUCCUCAGAUUUGGAUACAAGCCUUAUUGGAUCAUUAAGAACUCUUGGGGAAAGAGAUGGGGUGAGAAUGGCUACUACAAGCUCUGCCGAGGCCAUGCCAUGUGUGGUAUCAACACUAUGGUCUCAACUGUUCUCACUACUGCCUAGCUCUCUCUUCAUCAUUAAUUAAUUACACAUAUAUAUAUAUAUAUCCUCUUUUUUGUUUUAAUAACAAAUAUUUCUCAUAUAUAUGUACGGUCUCUCCUUAUUUUAUUAGCAA